UGGCGCGUAAAAAUUUCAUCUGCUGGGAAUCCCUGCAGUAAUUCCGUUCAGAGAUUUUAAAUUCAUACAUAUAUAAAUACAUACAUUUUAGCGAUCGCAAGAUUAGACAAAAAUGAGCAAGUCGCCAAAUUUGAAACCCAAACGUACUGGAAAGUUAGCCGGCAAGCCAUUUAAAGUUGCUCUAUCUUUUAGCAAAAAGAGUCCCUAUAAAUUGCCCCAAGAAAGUGAAGUUGGUGAUGCAAGUAGCCAUAAAAUCCUGGGUAUCAGAUCUAUUAGUCCCAAGUCUAUAGGCAAAACACCCCCACUCUAUUCUUCAACACCUAAACCAACACGGAAUGCUGUUCCAAUACCAGUGUCAUUCUCUGGUGUCCCUUGUCAACAGAAAUCUGGACAACAGCAUUUAACAAAAAACUUGGUAGUUGUAUUGGAAAGAAUAAAAAUUCAAGAUUAUAUCUCAGCAGAAGCUCGGUUGGGCAAACCUCUCAACCAGUCAGUAUUGACGAAACAAAAGCAAGAAAAGAAGAAGAGUAGUGUACUUUUACAAGAUGAAAGUGCAUUCGUGACUCCUCAGGAAGCAAGCAAGAAUAAUGGCAGGAAAGAAACACCAUUGAAGGGCAGUGAUGGCAGUAUACUUACUACAAUCCCUUCAGAAGCAUUAGAAAGUUUUGGGUUGUUAAACCGACAACCAAGACUAUCCACACCUAAGAGGUCACCAACCAAAUCAGACAAUUCAGUCAUCAUAGAGACACCUCCACGAACUUCAACAGCUUGCAGUUCAGUUGAUGACCAAUCAUUAACACAUGAUGGAGUUUCCUCUGAUAAUUGUGAGCCACCUAACUAUUUAGGGAAUGUUCCAUCAACAACUGAUUUGGAUGUGGCAGAAGCUAUUCUUCUGCAAAGUAGUGCACACGAUACUGACCGACUUCUCGAUGCUUCGAGUAGCAGUCAAGAUGAUCCGCUGGAAACCGCACCCCAACCUCCUACGAUACAUACUUUAGGCUCAAUAAUGGAGCAGGAUCAUGUUAGUAGUCACUGUGAUUACUUGUAUGGGUUGAAUGAAAGGGUGUAUUCUAAACCUGAUAGUUUUCAACUAAGUGAACUUCAUUUCAGCAACUCUGACGUUCGGCGAAUCGCUCCCUAUUCUCUUAAACUACAUGAAGAAAAGUUCUUCCAGUAUGUAGCACCUGUCAGCAAGAUUGGAGAAAAAUACUGCUGCAUAGUGUUUGGCGUUAUGGAUCACUAUAUUGUUGCGUACAGUGGUCAUUUCGUUGUGGACAAAGGUCAUCUUUAUGACCCAAUCAAGAAAAUCCCAGUGGAUGAUGUCAAGAUAACUGAUUUCAAUUUGUGUCGUCAGCAUUUGGUUCUUCUAAAUGUGGCAAAUAAAAAACUAUUUCAAAUGGAAAAUUAUUACCCCAAGGCUAGACAUCCAUCUUAUUGUGAAACACAGCUUGCGUCGUCUGAGAUGUUAAUGUUUUCAAUUAACCAAGUCCAGCUGAAAGAGAGAGUACGAAGCGAUAUUGCGCUCGAACAGCUAAAAGCUCAGAUAAUGGUUUUACCUGAAUUAAAGGAUGCUAACCUUAAGCAAUCGUGUGCUUUUCCAAUUCCCAUACAAGGGAGCCAUCAAAUUACCUCUUUUAUCUCCGAACCCAGAACGGAACAAGUAUUCUUUGAAACGUGUUUGCCAAUAAACCAAAAUAGUCUUGAACGUAUCCUCGACAACUUGAAACCGGUUGGUGAUGUAAAAACAAAUUACAACGAUUUAGGAUCCCUGCAGCUCAGAUGUGCCACAGAAGCCGAAUAUUUUACAAUUUAUUACGCGGCGUAUGAGGAACCUGGGUGUACGUCAUUCUAUCGGAACGUGUUCCUGUUGGGUUAUGUAGAUAAACACUAUAUCGUAGGUGUCGUUGCUGGUAACAGCUUUUUCAUAAUGGCUACGAAGAGGCUGUAUAGCAGAAUUUGUCUUCCGUCACCUGGAAUGCAACCUGUCAAAUUUCGCACUGAAAUGCUAGAUAUGAUUCAUCUCCCACUUUGGUUGCCCUACAAGCAGUCAAUUGUUAUGCUUGAAGCUCGUCAAAUAUUUCGUCAUUCCAGCAAAUAUCAAUACGAAUACCAAGACAUUAUGCAAUCAAUGAAAAUUUCGGAGUUUGAAUCACCUACAUCAAAUUUGGCCAAUGAAACGCAGUUGCUUACACGACAUCAUCACAGUUCUUGGCUGGAAAAAAUGCUAGACAUGAAUUUUAGCUGGUCUUUCCGCAAUUCACCGAGUGAAUUUCCAAUCCACCCGUCGAGCUCGAAGAAUCCGUUACUCUUAUGUGAAAGCGUGACUAAGUUGUGGCUGCAUCAUUUGAUGCGAAACAUUCACGUCAUAAGAGAUUCAUCUUUGCACCAUAUAAACCCUAGCGAGGCUUCACUGACAGAUUUCUUCACGCUUACUAUAAGCUCCUUUAUUUCUAGUUUUCUACCACUAUUUGGAAUGUCGAAUGAAAGCAAUUUCCAAUGUUUGCGUCUGGGUCCGGAUGGUAUACCCUCAGCAGUGUGUAUGACAUCCCUGCCAGCCCAUGAAAUUGGAUUCCACAUUCAUCAAUGUCACACACAGCCUCUUUUAUGGGAUAACACCCCUCAUAAGAAUUUUACGUUCGUUCCAUUCUCGCUAGUCUUCGCACAACGUGAAAGCCCUCCCUUGAGUGACACGUGUGAUUUUAACCGGCUCGCAUGGGCGCGCUCUCUUGUUGAGCGUUGGUGUAAAGGCUCUUCAUUAUCUUACCUCGAUUUUCUUCAAACGCUAGAAAAUAGUGAUGGAAAAAAGUCUGUAAAUGUGCCUACAAUGGUGGGUAGAGGGCGCCCGAAAAAAAGGGGAAUAGGAAGAGACGAGGUUGCUCACCAACGUGUGCCACAGAAACGGAAGCGUAAAUCAAAUGACAGCAACCACUUAAGCUCAAAGCGUGUUCUUCGUUCCUCGGACUCUGAUUCAAAUGUGUCUGAUUAACAAGUGUGUACUCAGCCUAAACAAGUUCCAAUCAGCAGUCUAUUUAACAGAUUUCUUUUCCCGAGUAAUUGUCAUUGCUUUUUUUUUUCUCCCCCGAUUGUUGUAACCGAGAGACGUGUUUAAACAAAUAUAAUGAAUCCUGUGAAAACCAUCUUCGUAGGAAAAUUGAUAGAAA